CUUACAGCUAUGAAGCUGGAGAAAGAUGAGAAGAAGCAGGUUUUUGGUGUCACUCCCUUCCUUUUACUACUUUCCUUGCCGUUUCUCUGUGUCGGUGCCGAUUUCCUCUGGGGAAACAGAAUUACCUUCCAUCAAUGUAACAAUCUUCACCUUUUUAUCAUUUUCCUUUUCAAUCACUCAUCAAAUUUCUCUCAAAAUGGUAGGGAUGCAGAACUUCACCGGCGUCGAAGCUGCGACGAAGAAGGUUGACGACAAGAAAUUCAUCAAUUUCCAUUUAGCAAGACUAGUUAGAGGGGAGGAUCGGAGGGAGCUUGACGAUACAGGCUUUGCCUGCCACAGAGCCUUCCACUCCGUCCACUGCGUAUCGACUAAACCCGUAAGAAUCGACACCAGAAACAUGACGGUCUACGUUCCAUCCGACAACGAGUGGGAAAACGAGACGGUGGUCCGUCCCUACCCGUGGCAGGGAUACGCCGUGAACGAAAUCUCCCAUGUCCGGAUAAUCCAGUACAGCAACGCCACAGCUCCACCGCCGUGCGAUUUCCGCCACCGCGUCCCAGCCGUGGUGUUCUCCUCCGGCUACAUCGGAAACACGUACCACGAAAUGAGCGAGAUCAUCAUCCCCCUCUACAUCACCACGCGCCACUUCCAGUCACGCGUGGCUUUCGUCGUUGAGGACUACAAGCCCUCCUUCUUCGCCAAAUACAACGCCAUCAUAACUCGUCUCACGGCCCACGAGGUGAUCAAUCCGGCCGCAAACGCCGCCGCCGUCCACUGCUUCCCUGCCUCCGUAGUAGGGUUGAAAUACCACGGCAUACUAAAGGUGAACUCCACAGACAUCCCAGGAGGGUACGGAAUGCCAGAAUUCAAGCGUUUCCUCCGUGAAAUCUUCAGUCUAACGUAUUCCCACGUCUCGGAAAUCCCUAGACCGAGGCUUCUUCUUCUCUCGCGCACGAAGUCAAGGAAAUUUCUCAACGAAGACGAGAUGAUCGCCAUGAUGCAAGAGGUAGGGUUUGAGGUGGUGGUGGUGAGGGGGUCGAAUCUGGCAACGAUGGCGCGGCUAGUGAACUCGUGCAGCGUGAUCGUGGGCGUGCACGGGGCCGGGCUAACAAAUGACGUGUUCAUGGCGAAGGGAGGCGUGGUCGUGCAAGUGGAGCCGCUCGGGACAGAGUGGAUUUCGAAGGUGAUGUUCGGAGACACGGCCCGGGCGAUGGGGCUGCACCACCUGCUGUACAAGAUUGAGGAGGAAGAGAGCUCGCUGGUUAAGCUAUACGGCCGGAAUAGCUCGGUGGUGAUCGAUCCGGCAUCGGUGUACCGAGGCGGUGGUUACAUGACUGCCAGAGCUGUUUUUAUUGAUCAACAAAAUGUGAAGAUCAAUCUUGCUCGAUUUAGGUCCUCCAUUGUUGAAGCGCUUAGUAUUGUUACGGAUUAAUCGAAUUUGGCAGGUCAAUUCACUACUUUUGAUAUUUAUUAAAUUCGAUUUAGAAAUA